AUGUCCGACUCGACAGAACAGCCAGAAUAUCCCCCCGAACUGUCCGAAGAACAGGGCCUCUUCUUGACCUCGCAGAUUCUCGACUGGCAGAUCAACCAUGGCUCCUUGCUGAAACGCGUGCAGACCCAAACCGACCACAGCGUCUUGUCCCAUCCGAUCGGCGUGACUGUCUUUCCCACGCUGUUCCCCCGGGCGCAGUUCCAUCGCGCGCUGGAGCUGCAGUCCAUCUACAACGAGCUGUACUGCGCGGUCGCUCAAGACGAGCAGUGGAUCUUUGAGGCUAUUCAAGAUCUCCUGCCCAUCGAUCCCCUGGCUGCUGUGUUGUGGAAUGUCCACCAGCAGGUCCAGAAAGCGGGGUAUUCCCAGCCCGUUUCUGCUGGCAUUUUUCGGUCGGAUUAUAUGCUUCAUGCAGAUCGCCCAUCUGAUUUAUUGAGGAACCCUGAAGUAUCUCUGAAACAAGUCGAAUUCAACACGUUUUCAUGUGCGGGAGGAUCCCACGCAGACAAAGUCGUCAAGAUGCACCGUUAUCUUGCCCGGACGGGGGCAUACGAAGACAGCGUACAACUGUCUGCCCUUCCACAGAAUGACAAUAUCGAGCAGCUCGCAGACUGUCUUGCAGCUGCUCAUACGGCCUAUGGGGGGAAGUCAGACACGGCAGUGUUGUUUAUUGUGCAGCCCAACAAUUUCAACAUUGCCGACGAAAGACCGAUCGAGUAUGCCUUGUGGAAUCGAGAGCAGCCCGUUCCAGCAUAUCGACUGGACUUUGGCGAUGUGCUUGAAUGCACUUCUUUGGCAGGCACUGGCGAACUGCUUUUUCAUCCUCCAUGGCUCUCCAAGACGGUGGAGAUUUCUGUUGUCUACAUGCGUGCUGGAUAUGAAGCACACGAAUAUGACGAGACUGGAAUCGCAGCCCGCGUGCGACUGGAAGCAUCGCUGGCCAUCAAAUGUCCGUCUCUUCUGGCUCAUAUCUGCACUUUCAAGAAGAUCCAGCAUGCUCUGACAGGUGCUGGUGUUCUCGAGCGGUUUAUUUCAGAAGAAAAGGCUGCGUUUAUCCGGUCUACAUUUGUCAAGAUGUAUUCUCUGAAUGAAUCAGAUGCUCGUCGUCUUGCUACUGAUCCGAUACUCUCAAAGGACUACAUUCUGAAACCCUCUUUAGAAGGAGGAGGACACAAUGUGUUUGGCGAUGCUAUUCCAGAUUUCCUCGCAUCGAUCCCCGAGUCCAGCUGGGGUGCGUAUAUUCUGAUGGAACGCAUUCCAUCGCCAUUAGUGAUGAAUGUCCUACUUUCCUCUCUAGGAAUCGAUUCCGGCGAGGUCAUCUCCGAGCUGGGCAUAUUCGGAACGUGUCUCUGGAAACAGGGCGAGAUGCUGCAGAAUUCCGUCGCAGGAUGGUCGUUCAAGACGAAGCAUGAAGAUGUCGACGAGAUGAACGUGGUCAAGGGCUAUGGAUGUUUUGACACGCCGUUAUUAAUUUAA